AUGCAGCGGAUGGUUAAUAGCAAGACAACGGAGAAUAAAGUUCAGGGCACGGUGGACAAGGUUCUGGGCACGGUGGGCAAGGUUCGGACUCUUAUUUUGGGUACGACUUUAAGUCUGCCGAUACCUGAUCCAGAUGCUCAAAUUUCUUACACGGAGUAUCCCCCUUGUGAACCCUGUGAGCCAGAACCUUCGUGUGCUCCUUGUAAUCCAUGCUCACCUCCGUGUUGUGAUGGUAAUGAGGUCAUAAAGAUUGGACCUUGCAAUCCUUCUGAGCGACCUGUUAAAUAUUUGUACGUUCAAGCACCCCAAGAAGUUGUUUUCGUCACUUCAAUACCCAUUAAUGAAUACUACGCUCAUCCCGGCCAAGUUUGUUACCUCAUUGACAACUCUUCCAGUCAACAGAAUGAUAAUCCAUUAGAGAAACAAAUGCUGCUUGCAACAUAUUCGCAACCACUAAAUAUGGUUGCUGAAUCAAACAACAAGAACCGUCAAGUCAAUUACAAUUCGCCAGCAUCGUCAACAAGUCCAAUCGCGUAUCCUAGUCACUGUACAGAUGAGAGAAGAUCCAACAUUUUAUCAACGCUCUUCAGUAUACCUGCCACUGUUGCCAAUUCUCUGCUGAACGGAGAAAUUACUGUUUGA